UACUAUGGCAAAAAAUAUUAAAAAAAUACUUAUUUCAGUGUAAAAUAAUUAUGUUUUCAAGAUUCAGAAUUUGAUCCUAAGUACUAUUUUCAAAUGUGAAAGUAGACAAGAUGGCGACUUCCAGUGCAGACGAAACAACACAAAAAGAUGCAGGAGAUCUUUUGGAAAAAAUAUCUGAUAAAUGGGAUCCCUGUACCUGCAGAGACUGGGAAAAUGAGAAACCAACACAGCAGUGCUUUCUCAGGAUAAAGAGAGACAUUAUGGCUAUAUACAAUGAACCACCACCUUUUAUCUGUAUAGUACCAGACAAAGAAGAUAUGACAAAGAUUCAUGCAUUAAUCACAGGACCAUUUGACACGCCAUAUGAGGGAGGUUUUUUCCUUUUUCUAAUACGAUGUCCACCAGAUUAUCCUAUCAGACCACCUCGAGUAAAACUGCUAACAACAGGCAACAAAGAAGUCAGAUUUAAUCCCAAUCUAUACAAAAAUGGAAAAGUCUGUUUAAGUAUUUUAGGGACAUGGGCCGGUCCAGCCUGGAGUCCAGCACAAAGUUUAUCAAGUAUUUUGAUUUCCAUACAGUCAUUAUUAAAUGAGAAACCUUACCACAAUGAACCAGGAUUUGAAUGGGAAAGAAAUCCUGGAGAUGCACAACGAUAUAAUGAUGUUAUUCGUCAUGAAACAUUAAGAGUAGCUGUAUGUGAUAUGUUAGAGAGAAAAUGUCCGUGUCCUGAAAGCUUGUAUGAUGUAAUGGAAUCCUCAUUUCUAGAUUAUUAUGAAUAUUAUGAAACUGUGUGCAAUUCUAACAUGUCCAAACAAGGUCAAUCGAUGCAGGAUCCCUUUGGUGACAGGAGGAAGCAAUUUGAUUACAAAGGCAAUUUAAAAAGACUUAAUGUAGUUAAAAAGAAACUUGAAGAGAAACUGAAGACCAAACCAUUAUCAGAUGAUGAAGAUUCAGAUCUAGACACAGACUCCAGUACUAAUAGAUGAUAUACCAAUAUAGACUGCUUUCUGCAGUGUUUCUGAUUUAGACACACACUCUAUUACAAAUAGAUGACAUAGCAAUAUAAACUGCUUGCUGCAGUGUUUAAUGAUCUCUAAAUGAAGUAGUGAAUUCUUAUUGCAUAGUUACACCAGCCAAUAACAAUACUGUUUGUUUGCUAGCAAUAACUAAAGCUUUGCUCUUAUGAAUGUUCAUAAUUAUGGUAGACAACAUAAGUAGUGUUGAAAUGAAGCUCCUUCUUUAUUAGUCCCCUAUCGACGAAGUCGAAGUGGACUUUAGGUUUGCACUCCGUCUGUCUGUCUGUCUGUCUGUCUGUCUGUCUGUCCGUCAGUCCGUCAAAUCAGUUUUCCACACUUUUUUUUCCUCAUGCUUGAAGAUAUUGAUUUGAAAUUUGGUAUAUAGUUUUAUCCUAACAAGUUACAAAUCAAGUUAAAAUAAUGUUUCGGUCUGAUGAUAAUGUGCAGAGUUAUGGUCCUUGGACUUAGAAAAUUCACUCAAAUAAUCAGUUUUCCACACUUUUUUUUGUCAUGCUUAAAGAUAUUGAUUUAAUAAUUGGUAUACAGUUUUACCCUGACAAGUUACAGAUCAAGUUUAAAUAAUGUUUCGGUCUGAUGAUUUUGUUUAGAGUUAUGGUCCUUGGACUUAGAAAAUUCACUCAAAUAAUCAGUUUUUCACACUUUUUUCGUCAUGCUUGAAGAUAUUGACUUGAUAUUUGUUAUGUAGUUUACACCAUGACAAUUUAUUGAUCAAGUUAGCAUUCUGUUCCAGUACAAUGAAUUCUUAACCGGUAGGGGACUAUGUAUUGCCAUGCAAUACUCUCAGAAUUUUUGUUUCAAAUAUUUUGAUAUCUGCUGUUAAAAUUUUAAAAUUCUUAAUGCCUAAGGCACUUGUGGCUAUUUUGAUGGCCCUUCAGUUUUCAUCAUAAUUUUCAACACACAUGAUUGUAUAUUUAUUACAAGAACUUAAUAUUUCACAUAAGGCUACCGGUAUAUAUAUAGGUUUUCAGCAGGACCCUUAAUGACACGUCUUAAUCUCAGUUAAUCUGAAAAUACAGAAUAUUAACCAGGACAUUUUUUAUGACCUCAGUUAGUGAGUAAUAAUUGGGAAUCAUAUCUAUUGGUCCCAGGUUACAAAUACAAAAAGUCUGCAGCUUUGUUAACUAAUUUAUCUUUGUACAAAUCACUCUGUAACUACAUCAUGCCACACAUCUUGGUCAUUAGUAGUAGUUUUGAUUAUUGAUAAAGUAGUUAUAACUAUGCAAUAGUAACAAGUUGUUCUCCUGAAUAUUCUCUUUCAUGUGUGUUCAACAGGAUUGACUAUGUUCUUCAUGCCACCUUACCCCAAAAGGUUAUACAAUAAGUUGUACAUCAUGAUUUGAUUGUUUUCUUCAUGCCACCUUACCCCAAAAGGUUAUACAAUAAGUUGUACAUCAUGAUUUGAUUGUUUUCUUCAUGCCACCUUAGCUGAAAAGGUUAUACAAUAAGUUGUACAUCAUGAUUGAUUGUUUUCUUCAUGCCACCUUAGCUGAAAAGGUUAUACAAUAAGUUGUACAUCAUGAUUGAUUGUUUUCUUCAUGCCACCUUAGCUGAAAAGGUUAUACAAUAAGUUGAACAACAAGAGUCAAUCCAUCAGUAGCAUUAUACCUUGUUUAGGAAUGUAUUUUAUAAAUGCAAUUAAUAAUUAGCAAUCAUUAGCAAAAAAGCUGUAUGGUUGCCUAUAAUUGCUUUCAUCUACUUCAUUUGAACUUUGGUGAAUAGUUGUGUCAUUGGCAAUCACACAUCUUAUUUUUAUACAUAUAUAAAUAGGCUGCAUUCAUUAAAAUUUCAGUCCAACAUUUAAACAUGACUACUUGCUUUAGAAGCAAUGCUUGGUUUCAGACAGACUUAGGUUAUAAAGAUGAGUUACUAAGGAAGUUAAGAAGUUGGUUUUUUUAUAUUGCUUUCUAAGGGAUGUGUGAUAUUUCAUGGCAUAACCCCAUGGAUAAAAUGUAGAUUUUUCUUUUAUUACAUGUUUUGUACUACUGUAUCAAAUAGUGCUACCUCUUAGAUAAGGGCAGUUUCAGAAUUAAACACAUUGGAGGCACUCUUUUAAACCCUAACCACCCAUGAUAUAAAACUUUAAUUUUACUUACAAUUCAUCAAAAAUUCUAGGGAACAAGCAACCACCCACAACUAAUUAUUUGGUUGCCUCUAAUACCAUUUGUGUUAUUUAACAAUGUAUUCCUGAAUCCACAAAAAAAGAAUUAAGCCACAGUUUGUUUUCUUUAAUAAUUUUACAAAAUCUCUAAAUUUAUAAAUGGUAUUUAUCAUGGCCUGUUUAUUUUCAGAUUAACACUGUGUAAUAUAAUGCACUAAUCUUUAUGUUAAUGUCUAUAUCAUGUACAUAGUUUGUUGAGUUUAAAAUAGUUAUAUAUAUAUUUGUGUAAUUUAGAAAAUAGAAAGAGAAUGUUUAAUAUAUUUUCUUCAAUGUGAUCUUUCCAAUGACAGAAGAAAAUAUAUGAAACAUCAUUUUUAUGAUUCUUUUUUAUUGUUACUUGUGAAAUGGAGUAUUUUAUAUUUAAUUUUUUUUUCUAUUUAUCAUAGACAGUUUUAUUUAUAGCAUUUGUUAAAAGCAUAUAGCAUAAUUGUGAAUGAAAAUAACAAGUUCAUACAUUUUUUACAAAUUUUGUAAUAUAAAUCAGUGCUAUAUACCUUAUAACUAUGAUAUGAGAAUUGAACAAUACUUUUAAUUGUCAGUCAUUCCCUACAUCAUGGGACUAAAUGUGUUCACCAUAGCUUUCAAGUAUACAAAGUCAAGUAAGUUUUAUUAAGCAUAUAUGUUCAAACAAAAAACUUGUAUAUUAGUAUUGCAAUUUGAAAAAAACAUUGCCUUUGAAGGCCUAAUUUUUGGCCUAAAUAUUUGUCUAUACAAUUUUAUUACAUCUUGUUUAUAUAUCACUAUCUUUAUACCGGUAUUAUUGCGUAAAUCUUUGGACUUUUAAAAAUAUUUCAUGUUUGUUUAGCAUCUUCAAUUCUUCAUCUCAAGUUCAGUCCUGUGAGAGCUGCAAAUUUGCAGAUAAGAAUUUAAAAAUUUCCCACUGUAAUUUCAUACCAGAAUUUACGACAAACAGGACGACUCUUCCUUGUGUAUUGUUAAGUUUGCUUCUUUGAUCUGUUAUCACAUUUGUACGGAGUUUACAUAUACAGGUAUCAGUUUACUUUUAUUGCGAACCCAAUGAAAGUUUUCCACAGUGCCAUCUCUAUCUUGA